AAAAAAUUCUAAUUUUGUAUUUGACCGGCAACGAGCGGAAAUCCAAAGCUUUUUCUCCAACCCCGAUCAAAAUCAAAACCCUGAUUAGGGUUUCUUGCUCCGGCGGUUCUUGCUCCGGCGGGAACAAAUUGAAGAAUUCUUCUCUCCGUAAUCCUCGAGCAAGAUGAAUCUAUCGUUCAACAACGCCAAAUCCAAAUCCACUCGCGUCAAAAAAUUGCCGGCGGCGCCCUUCGCUGAUUCCGACGAACCCGAAGCCUCCACCAAAACUUACGUCGUCGAGUUCCUUUCCGGCGAAGGACCACCGCCGGACUCCACAAUCAAAUCAAUUGCCCCAAUUCCGAACGUUUGGCGCCCCAAUAAGAAACUCAAAAACCUCCACAAUCUCCCCCAAAUUUCCCAAUCGGACGGCGCAGAUUCCGCCGUCAAGUUCGAGGUGGAUCCCGUCUGCAAACCUGAACCUACAGAUGGUUCCGUCGUAUAUGGCCUCAAUCUCCGCCAGCCAUCGGCCACCACUAGUGGUGUUCCUGUUCCUGCUCGCGACCGUGGUGAAACUAUUGCUGACUUGGAAUUGAGGAAACUGAAGGAGGAUCUGGAGAAGCUUCCGGAAGACUCCGGGAUGGAUGAUUAUACGGAUGUGCCGGUGGAUGAGUUUGCUGCAGCGCUGCUCUCGGGGUACGGUUGGAAAGAAGGUGCAGGCAUCGGCCGCAAUAGGAAGGAGGAUGUGAAAGUUCCCGAGGUUAAGAAGAAGAUCGGUAGAGGAGGGUUAGGGUUUAUCGAAGAAAUCCCGGAGAAACAGAUUGAUACUAACGGCAAUGCUGCUAGCGAGAAUCCGGUGAAUGGAAAUGAGAAGACGGAGAGUCGGACAGAAAAGAAGGGUUUUUUUCCGGUGGGUAAAGAGUUGAGGAUAGUUAAUGGGAGGAAGAUCGGGAUGAAGGGUAAAAUAGUCAAUGUGAAAAGCGGAGGGGAUUUAUUGGUUCUAAGGUUAUCGAGGAGCAACGAGAAGGUGGAAGUCCCGAGUAGGGAUGUAGCGGAGUUGGGCUCUGAAGAUGAAGAGAAGUGUUUGCGAAAGUUGAAGGAAUUGGAAAUUAAAGACAAUAAGGAUCGGAAUCUUUCAAGAAAGAGAGAUGAACAAGAAGAAAAGCCAAGGAAGGAGAAAAUUAGCUGGUUGAGGAAUCAUAUUAGAGUGAGGAUUAUAAGUAAGAAGUUGAAAGGUGGGAGAUUGUACUUGAAGAAGGGGGUGGUUGUGGAUGUUGUGGGGCCAGGAAUGUGCGAUAUAUCGGUCGAUGAAAGCAGGGAGUUAGUACAAGGGGUGGACCAGGAGUUGUUGGAGACUGCACUUCCGAAAAGAGGAGGGCCGGUUCUUGUUUUGUACGGUAGAUACAAGGGUGUGUAUGGGAGUCUGGUGGAGAGAGACUCGGAGAAGGAGACAUGCGUGCUUCGAGAUGAAGAUACACAUGAGUUGCUGAAUGUGAGGCUCGAGCAGAUCGCAGAGUACACAGGUGACCCGAGCGAUAUUGGUUAUUAAAUAAUGUUGUUCUAAUUUUUCUCCAUUAAAAAUAUAACUUAAGAUUUUCGUGUGCGCGCUAUAGAACUGCUUCCAAGUGCAAUACAGAGAGAAUGGUUCAAAGCUGUUUGUCAACUUUCUGUUUUAACCGUUUGAAGUCGUUUUUCGUAGUAACCGUAAUAUUUGAUAUAUGAUCCAUGAUGUGAUGUUCUCUUUGUACUUGUGUUGAAUUUGACAUGGAGAUAUAUGCUAAUGUAGCUUCUCUUGAAA